CUUCAUUGCACUCCUUCCACAAACCAAUCACGACCAUACGAUAAAGAGAACAGAUCAACUCUGUCCUAAACAACAGCACCACGCGUGAAGUACAAUCAGAACUCGUUUCCCAAAAACGAUAAAGAGAAUGUCUGACGAAAUAAGCGACUAGGAUCAGAUGUAUCAGGUACUAUUAUACUUUUUUUUUUCGAAGAGGAAGGAAAACGGGAGAAUUGAGCGCUAAAAGAGAAGACUACUAGAAGAGGUGAGAACAUGGAGGAGAUCUCGAUUAACAUUAUCGAAAAGCUGGGUCAGUUGCCUCCCGCUAAGCCAACGAGUUAUAUAUUUAAGGUUCAUCACGAACUACGUGCUGCGAAUAAAGAGUUGUACGAGCCUGUGUUGCUUUCAAUUGGACCAUACUAUCAUGAUAAACGCAAGAGUCAACUUCAAUAUAUGGAACAACAUAAGUUGCGCUACCUAAACGAUCUGCUUAAACGAAAGGAGGAACAAGGAUUUGUGACUGGAUUUUACCAAGUAAGGGAGUGUCUUGGGGUUUUGGAAGAAUUGGAAGAUGAGGCUCGUGGUUACUAUGCGGAUCCCGUUGCUCUUGAGAAAAAUGUCUUCCUAGAAAUGUUGUUGCUCGAUGGCUGCUUUAUCAUUGAGCUGUUCCGUAAAGCUACAUGGAAACGCGAAAGAGAAACGGACCCUCUCCUUAAAGCUGGUUGGGUACGUCUGUCCUUAAGGAGAGAUUUAAUGCUACUUGAAAAUCAAAUUCCAUUCUUUGUUCUGGAGCGUCUACAUUCUAUGAUUGGUGAUCUGCCUGGCCCACUCUACCUUAUUCGGAGGGCCUUGAGGUAUCUCCCAGUAUAUGGGUACUUACGUUCAGAUGUAGGCCUACUUGAACGGAAAAAUGCAGUGCAAAGCAUCAACAAUCUUCUCUCGCCUAAAUCUACAUUUGGAGGUAGACGACUAAACCGAGAGAAACUCCGAGAUAUUAAGCAUAUUUUGGAUCUUGUCCGCAAGUUCAUGUUGGUUGAGGAGAUCUUGGAAAUGAAAGCUGAAAGUGUCUCACAUCCCCAGCAAGGGCAGAGUAUCAAAAAGUACAUUUUGGAUCUUGUCCGCAAGUUCAGGCUGGUUAAGGAGAUCUUGGAGAUCUUGCAACGGCAGAGAGCAUCGACAGAAUCCACUUCUGUGAGGAUCAAAAAGUACAAAUAUUCUGCCACAGAGCUGCGUGAUUUAGGAGUUAGAUUUAACGGUGCUAAGAAAAGCAAAUUUUAUGAUAUCACAUUUGAAAAUGGGCUUUUAGAUAUUCCACUCAUCCAAAUAGACGAUGCUACAGAAGGGCGAUUUCGAAAUUUAAUCGCAUAUGAAGAACAUUGUGUCGGAGAAAAUAAAUAUGUAGGAGACUACAUGAGUUUCAUGGACGGUCUGGUAAAUACCCCAAAGGAUGUUGAGCUGCUUCGGCACUACGGGAUAAUCGAAAGCUUCAUGGGUGAUGAUGAAGUUAUUGCUACCAUGUUCAACAAUAUGUGCAAACAUAGGAUACUGUCGAGCUCCUACUAUGCACAAAUAGUUGACAAACUGACGAAGCACUGCAGCAAGAAGCGACAUGUUUGGAUGGCGAUGUUAAGGAGAAAUCAUCUUAGCAGCCCGUGGGCAAUCUUGUCAGUUCUAGCGGCAUUGAUCCUACUCAUCUUAACUAUCACACAAACUGUCUACACUGUUCUCUCAUUCUACAAUUCAAAUUAGGUAUCCAAGUCAUGGCGUGUUACUUUGCCUACAAUAUUUUGAAACGCCUUUUGGGACUAUAAGGCUUGUAAAUCUUUCACCAUUGCUUGCUUGUGUGAGUUCUUUCCCUUGAAUGUGCUGGUCUUGCCGCCGAUUCACAUCAUUCCCAUCGGAUCUGCAACAUUGCAUUACUUCUGCAGCCGUCUGUGCCUAUGCCAUCACCCGCUCGUCCUGCUCUAAUAAGCGAAUUCACCAUUAUUAGAGUCUUAGACAUUCACGAGCCCCACAUGCCUCGUCUUGCUACCUUUUUCUUCUCACAUUUGUUUUUGUCAGUGUUAUUAGAACCGGACCGGAUAUCGAACCGGCCGUAGUAUGAGUUAAUGGGUUCAACCGGGAUUCAAUGGGUCGGACCGCAUGUUUAAUUAUAAAAUAAAUAAAUAUUUAUUAUUUUAAGAAAA